GGGUACUCUGUUUCAUCUUCAUCCACCAUUUUCAAUUCUCUCUCUCUCUCUCUCUCUCUCUCUCUCUCUCUCUCUCUCUCUCUCUCUCUCUCUCUCGUUGAAUUUCAAUGGCUCAAACCACUUCCAAUCACACUCAGACAGUCUCCGGUUGGGCAGCCCAUGAUUCUUCCGGCAAGAUCACUCCGUAUACUUUCAAACGGAGAGAAAACGGCCCUGACGAUGUGACCAUAGAGAUUUUGUACUGUGGAAUAUGCCAUACCGAUAUUCACUACGCUAAAAAUGAAUGGGGCAUCACCAUGUAUCCUGUGGUUCCCGGGCAUGAGAUGACAGGGGUGAUCACGAAAGUAGGAAACAACGUGAAGAAGUUCAAAAUAGGAGACAAAGUGGGUGUUGGAUGUAUAGCCGCUACAUGUUUGAACUGUGAAUUCUGCCAAGAUUCCCAAGAGAAUUACUGUGAAAAUUUACAGUUCACGUACAACGGAAUCUUCUGGGAUGGCAGCAUAACAUACGGGGGAUACUCCAAAAUGUUUGUUUCAGAUCAAAGGUACGUUGUGCACAUACCGGAGAGCCUACCAAUGGACGCAGCGGCGCCGUUGCUAUGUGCGGGAAUAACCGUGUUUACCCCGAUGAAAGACCUCGGUCUGAUUGAUUCGCCGGGGAAGAAAGUGGGAGUGGUGGGGCUCGGAGGGCUAGGCCAUUUAGCAGUAAAAUUUGCAAAGGCGUUUGGGCACCAUGUGACAGUGAUCAGUACCUCUGCUUCAAAGGAACAAGAAGCCAAAAAAAGACUUGGGGCUGACGAGUUCAUAGUCAGUAAAGAUUCUCAACAAAUGCAGAAUUACAAGAGGACGCUUGAUUUUAUAUUGGACACAGUGUCAGCACAGCAUUGCAUUGGACCAAUCUUGGAGCUGCUAAAAGUGAAUGGGACAUUGUCAAUUGUGGGAGCUCCAGACAAGCCCAUUCAAUUGCCUUCUUUUCCUUUAAUAUUUGGGAAGAGGACAGUGAAGGGAAGCAUAAUCGGUGGAAUACAAGAGACACAAGAGAUGAUGAAUCUGUGUGGGAAGUACAACAUUACAAGUGAUAUUGAAGUGAUUAAGCCACAACACAUCAACCAUGCAAUGGAACGCCUUAUCCAAAACGAUGUUCGAUACCGAUUUGUCAUUGACAUUGCCCAGAACAAAACCGAUUGUUAACCACAAAAUUUGAUCCUUUUCAAUCUUAUGUUUACAACCAUUUCGUUGCAUUUAAUGGUUAUAAGCAAGAUUAGCGGAUGCGUUACCUUAUGUAUUUGUUCCUUCUUCAAUAUUAAAAGCUUUUGUGUUACUUUUCAA